AUGACAGCCCCAAACCAAUCCGCCUGGACUCGCCGUCUGCGUCGCUUGACGUAUUUCGCCGGUGUGUUCGGGACAUUCUACCUCGUCUCGAGCUAUGCGUUGGAUCGGAUGAGGGAGGCGAGGAUGCGAGCUCUCAAAGAUCGCAAGAACAAGGAUCUGUUGAAAGCACACUUCACUACCCUCCUCUCCACCCUCUCAUUCACCCUCUACGCCCUCCUCCCUACUCUCUCCCCCCAACUCGAAUCCGCCUAUCCCGUCAAGUUGACCAGUCAAGCCCUCCAGGGCCUCUCUAACCCCGCGAGCAGCCAGAUCAGCUCUAUCAGCGGGGCCGAGACGGAGUCCCCCUCGCAUGGGAUUCUCGAGUCGUCGGUACCUGAUAUGCCGGUCCAGGUGGACAGCCGGGAAGGGUCUGUUGGAGGUGCUGAGGAUGUGAGAAGAGGAAGUGAGCAGAGUGAGGGGCCAGAGGGGAGCGUCUCGGAGAGUUGGGCGAGCGAGUUUAGGGGACGGCGAGGAGAUGAGGAGUCUUCCCACGCGGAAACGGAUGAUGGGCUAUCCUCUGCUGUCUCUCAGCCUAUCUCCCUACCUCUCUCGGACCUAUCGACCUCCUCUGGAUCUCCACCGUCAGACAUGACGGCCAGCUCGCACUUUCACCUCUCACCCUCGCCGCCAAGACAUCGAGACGCCUCGCCGACGGGUCUCGAAGCUCUGAGCAGCAAGAGCAAGAAGGAGCUCUGGCGUGAUCUCAAAGUCCAAAGCUUGACUCGUGCCAUCACGACGGCCUACCUCGUCCCGCUUUUAUACCUCCUGACGACCUCCCAGCUCUCCACACUCGCUCGAGAGCGCUACCUCGCCGAUGUCAGAGCAUCACUUCCGCCCGUCGCCCUUGCGAGCCCUUCGACACCCUCCAAAGACUCGUGGCUACCCUCGACUGAGUCCGGCGGGAUCUCAGGCCUGAUCGCGGAAUCGGCGUCCCUCCUGCCGGACCCCUUGGCGCUUCUGCCAACUUUCGUCAGAUCCCGCCUCCCUUGGUCCUCUCCUGUGCAUCUUUCAGCGGAGGACCAAGAGCUCGCCUUGUUGCGCGCGGAAGAGAAGAGGGAGGCAGAGGAGAUGGAACGGGCCGAAGCGGAACGGAUGUACCUCACUUAUAGCUGGUGGAUCCUGCAUGAAGGGUGGAGAGUUGUGGCCGGACGAGUCGAAGCAGGUGUGGAGAGAGUGAUAGGGCCCAUGGGUCUCAAGCGGGAAUUAUCGCUGAAUGACUGGGAAGCGCUGACUAGGGAUAUCAGGCGCUGCGUUGACUAUGAGGACGAAAGCAAUAUGGCAUUCAACUUCACACCUCAUCUCCUCCCCUCCUCGCCCCUUCCACGCACCUUCACCCCCUCCUGCCCCCUUCCCUCGUCCCCGCCGUCCCCGCACCUCGCCCGCCUCCUUUCUCAGACUCGCACCCACCUCGCAUCGCCCGAUGCGGCCUACCUCAUCCAGUCCGGUGUAGACAAUAUGGUCUCCAAGCUCCUAGAGUCGCUGGACAGCGAAUUGUAUCGUCCAGCCGGAUUCAGCAUGUUUCCUACGGAACGCGCGGAGGGGGGAGAAGAAGAUGAAGGUCAGACGAGGCGUCUGGCAGAGUGUCUCCCGGCGUUCAGCCGGUGGGGCAAGGGCGUGUGGGAAGGGGUGCCGGACGGUGGAGUGGAGGCUGUCUUGGGGAUGGGGGAGUUUGAGGGGUUUGCGGGAUUGAUCUUUGGGGACUGGGCGUGA